CCCGCCCGGCUCCGGCUCCGGCUCCGCUCGGUGCGCGGCUCCCGGGGGUCCCGGCCCAUGGCGGGGCGCUGAGCCCCCCGACCCCCACCAUGCUCUGGGGGUCCCUCCUCCUGCUCUGCCUGCUCCGCGGGGCGCUGGGCGCAGGACGCCCCCCCGGCAGCGAGGGACGGGGGGCUCGGGACGCGCCCGAGGGGACCCGCAUCAGCCAGGACCUGGCGGGCGGCAGCCUGGCCAUCGACACCCUGCCGGCCAACGAGACCCGCAUCGUGGAGGACAACCACAGCUACUACGUGUCGCGGGUCUACGGCCCGGGGGACGCGCGGCGCCGGGGGCUCUGGGUGGACAUGGCAGCGGCCAACAGGAGCCACGUGAAGGUGCACAGGAUCCUCUCCAACACGCACCGGCAGGCCUCGAAUAUUGUCCUGUCCUUUGACUUCCCCUUCUACGGCCACCUCCUGCGGCAGGUCACCAUCGCCACCGGCGGUUUUAUCUUCACGGGGGACGUCAUCCACCGCAUGCUCACGGCCACCCAGUACAUCGCCCCCCUCAUGGCCAACUUCAACCCCAGCUACUCCCAAAACUCCACCGUGCAGUACCUGGACAACGGGACGGUGUUUGUGGUGCAGUGGGACAAGGUUUAUCUCCAGGGCAAGGAGGACAUGGGCAGCUUCACCUUCCAGGCCGCCCUGCACAGCAGCGGGAGGAUCGUCUUCGGCUACAAGGAGAUCCCGGUGCCGGUCCUGCAGAUCAGCGCCAGCCAGCACCCCGUGAAGGCCGGGCUCUCCGACGCCUUCAUGGUCCUCAACCCUUCUCCUGACGUGCCUGAGUCGCGGCGCCGGACGAUCUACGAGUACCACCGCGUGGAGCUGGACACCAGCAGGAUCAGCAGCCUGUCAGCUGUGGAGUUCACCCCGCUGCCCACCUGCCUGCAGCACCAGAGCUGUGAAACGUGCCUGGGCUCGGAGCUGACCUUCAACUGCAGCUGGUGCCACGUCCUGCAGAGGUGCUCCAGUGGCUUCGACAGGUACCGGGAGGAGUGGCUGAGCUACGGCUGCGGCCAGUCGGAUGAAAAGACCUGUGAGGAUCUGGCCGAAGGCAGUCACUACUCGGCGCCCCCGGGCAGCUCCGUGUCACCGCAGCCCGGCGGUGUCACCUCCCCCACGGCCUCGCUCUUCCUCGACAGCCUCACCACCGAGGAUGACACCAAACUCAACCAGUUUGCAGGAGGAGAGGGAAUUGGGGCACAGGGCCCUGUCCCAGCCGCUCACCUCCUCUGUUUGUGUCCCCAGCGGAGGCCGCACCGCUGGCCUGCCAUGAAAUUCCGCAACCACGGCAACCACGCCUCGUACGCCGAGGUGGAGGCGGCCAGCCAGGAAAAGGAGGGAUUUGUGGAGGCCGAGCAGUGCUGA